AUGGCAGGGGCGAGACUCGUGUACGACUUGAACCCCAAAGGCCUUGUGCCGGUCCUGGUAGACCCAUCGGGCAAAGUGACCGUGGAGUCAGAAGAUAUCGUCGAUGCGAUUGCCCAAAAGUCUUCAGAAGCCAUCAGCGCACCAGCCAGCCCGGAUGCAGUGGAAAUCCGACGGCUGAUCAAUCAACACCUUCUGCCUGCUGGCAAACAGGCGAAAAUGUUCGGGCAGCAAGCAGACUUGGGUCCAGUUCUUCAAGCUUUGGAUAAACUGGUUGCCGGCCCUUUCAUGGCAGGUGACGAGGUCACGGUGGCCGACAUAUCUGCAGCACCCAUGCUUCAGCGGCUUUUUGAAGAUGGGAUGGUUCCGAAGGACCUCACCAAACUUCACUCCUGGUGGAACACGGUAAACGCCCUUCCCACCUUCCAGAAGACGAUGGUCAGUUCGUACUGGUGGUGGUGGUGA